AUGACGAUGGAGCGUGUUCAAGCUGUCACAAGAGUUAUUAAGAAUAAGGAGGGACUGAUACUAGAUCCUAGGAAUAGAUACGUCAGGGAACUCAUCAAACGAUCAUCUGUAAAAACACUCAAGGAUGGCACAGAGGUGUUGGUAUUCAGAAGUGAACAAGGUAUGUCAACCUGUGUACUCAAAGCCUCACCUGCACUGAGAGAAUACAAGGACCUUAUAAAGAAAAUAAAAGAGGUACCUACAGAUCCUGACGACAUAAUUGAAAGUGAAGAGCCACAAUUUGAUACCAGUGAUGAGGAAUACGCUGACCGUGAGAACAUUGAGUUAAUAGAUAUAAGUGCAAACUGGGACCUUCCAGGGCUAACAAUGCAAGAAAACAAUGAAGGGGUCUUAACCCACCGAUGGAUCAAGAUAGAAGGCAGAACAGGCCCAAUGGAGCAUUGCAAAUACAAGCUGACUACUUUAAUGAAGCUAUUGGUGAAACCGUGGAACGCGCCACCUCUGCGGAAGGUACAACUGAGUAUAAUUCCCUCCUAGAAAGAAUUGACAGUUUGAAGGAAGCUAGAGAUAGGACACUAGAGCAGAGAACAGUAGAGGAAGCAAGAGAGGCACAGUUGGAAGAUAUUUCUAGAUUACGUAGAUUUAUAGACUGGGUAGGAAAGGAAAAGGUGGGACUUGUAGGGAUAGCAGUGUCAACAGCAAGUUUAAUUACAGCAUUAUUAAUCCAUGCUAGGGGAGCCAUUGUAGGGACAGCAAAGGCCACUGGUAAAGUAGCAAAAGCAUUAGCAAAUUUAGCAAAGAAAGCAGGACCAAUUCUAGUUCCAAUCCUGAACGCAAUUGCAACAGCGCUAUCAUGGGGAGCCAAGGGAAUUGCUUGGUUAGCUUCACAUCUAUGGGUACUAGCUGUAGCUGCAGCCUUAAUGGUAUACAACUACUUGGCGCAGCCAGCGUAG